AUGGUGUUCAAGUUGGCAGAUGAGACCUACGGGCUGGACUCGCCAGCCGAUGCAUCUGUGAGCGUUGGAGGCACAGAUAUUGCGCGCAAGGUCUGCAUCCAACCUAACCCGCAAAGAUGCUAUGCAGAGGACGUAGUGCUCCCUCGUGAAAGGGCUGAUGGUUGGAUGGAGCUGGAACUAGGUGAGUUUGUCUACGAGGGGGAAGAAGAUGGCGACGUGUCCUUCAGCCUAGUGGAGAUGAAACGUUUGGAUGGGAAGAACGGUCUCUUCAUGCAGGGCAUCGAGAUAAGGCGUAAGAAUCAAAUCCAUCUAUUCUAA